AUGGCGGGAGACAAUGACACCCUUAUCUUUGCGAUAGACUUUGGAGCGACAUACUCUGGAAUUGGGUACAUACAUACGGCUGAAGAUCGUUUGCCCAGAUUUGAUAACUCGUUGGCCGCCAAGAAAUGGGACAACGAGAUCCUUUACGAUGACAAUAAGCACACAAUAAGAUGGGGAUUUCAGGCCCACGGCGAUCUUAGAGCCUUGAAAUAUUUCAAACUGGAGCUGGACCCGGAAGCCAGAGCUCAGCGUAAGGCACUUCGAUCGGCUACUGAAUCCACUCGCUCGCUUGUGGGGACCUAUAGAACUACGAGCGCAGUAGUCGGAGAAUAUGAAGUAAAUCGCGACGCCAAGGCUGUUUGUACGGAUUAUCUCAAGGCUAUUUACCGGACUGCCCUAGAGCAAAUGAACAAUCGAUGGAUUCCAGAUUUCAUCAAGAAAGCUCCUAAAAAGUUCAUCUUAACUGUCCCGGCGAUCUGGACCGAUUCCGCGAAAAAUGCCACAAAGCAGUGCGCCAGGAGAGCUUUUGGCCAACAGGCCAAGAUUGAACUAAUUGCAGAGCCGCAGGCUGCAGCGGUUUAUACCUUGAGUCAAGCACACAUGGUAAAGUCGGUUCGCCCAGGAGAUCACUAUGUCAUCUGCGACGCUGGGGGAGGGACGGUGGACUUAAUCACCUACUGUGUCAAGAAAAUAGAUCCUUUGGAGUUAGUCGAGAGCAUCCCCGGAACUGGGGAAGCUUGUGGAUCGAUCUUCCUGAACCGCGCAUUUGAAGCCUUUCUCCAAGAUAGGCUGGGGAGAUACUACAACGGUCGCAGGAGUGAACAGUUAGAGAGGUGUUUGGAAGAUAUGCGCCGUCGUUUUGAUGCCGAGAUCAAGCAACACUUCACUGGGAAUCGGGACGCUAGGUGGAAUUUUUGGCGUAUGGCUUUUCAACCGAGGACCGCACUCCGUACACAAGUUGACGAAAUCUCAUUAGUUCCACCCGAGUUGUAUGGGGCCCAUAUAGAUGGCACAGAGGAAAACUGUCUGAUCAUCACUGGACGCGAUGUCGCGCAUAUGUUCGAACCCACUGUCACUAGGGUGCUCAAUCUCAUUCGCGCCCAAAUUACAACCCUCUUCAACCGGCGGGGCCACCGUCCUCAAUUAGCCGGAAUUGUGCUGGUUGGUGGAUUUGGCCAAAAUAGCUACUUAUUCAAGCGAGUGAAGGAUGAGUUUCAGCGUCUAGCUGAAAUCACUCAACCGCCUGAUGCCUGGGCAUCAGUGACCUUAGGGGCUCUAAGCUGGGGAAUGAGCAAUCAGACCGUCACGGCAAGAAAGCUAACGCGGUGUUACGGUCAAGAGAUCCAUUUGAAAUACAAUCCCGAUUGUGGAUACCCAAGUGUGCGCCAUCCUUUCACUGGUGAACGAUCUCAAAGGGCUAUGCAAUGGUUCGUCGUGGCGGGCAACGAAGUAUCUGUUGACCAGCCUUUGGAAUUCCCGUUGGUAGCAUAUUGUGAUCCAUCGGGAGAAGCAAAACUCACAAUAAUUCUCUGGGCAUGGAGCCCCUCCCGGGAAGGGGAGAGCCCACCUAAAGUUUGCACUCGAGAAUGCUACAAGGUGGGUAACAUGACCAUUGAUUUAGAAGGGCCACGUAGACGAGCCCCCAGUCUGUGUCCGAGGUUGGACGGAAGAGGCUAUUACCAAAUGUUAGAUUUCACGAUGCAACUGCUCUUUGCAAAUGAGAUCAUUUUCCGAGCUGUAUUCCAGGGCACCACGCAGUAUGCGCGCGUUGAUUAUACGGACUAA